AUGGCCCCAUUGCAGCGAUCCGCCUUGUUCGAAGCGCUACUCCAGCACGAUCAAGACCACCCCGCCAUCGUCCACUCGCUGUCCGGCCGUUCAUUUACCUACGGUUCCUUAUUGCAAGAUGUCGUGGGCGCAAAGGACCGAUUACUCGCACAGACGAGCAGAGACGAGCAGAGCAUUGUCGGCGAGCGCGUGGCCUUCUUGAUCGAGAACAGCUACGACUAUGUAGUCACCCUCCUCGCCAUUCUCGCCUCCAAUGCCAUAGCCGUACCGCUAGCUCCAUACUUCCCUGCGUCGGAGCUACGAUAUAUCAUAAAUCACAGCGAUGCGCUCGCUCUCCAGUACUCCUCGAGAUAUCAAUCCCUGGCCUCCGAGGUGCUCAAAGAUGGACUUGAGAAGACACCGGUCAGCGCACAGGUCGACAAGAUCACUCAGGGUUCUAGCUCUCAAGACAGCAUUGAGCUGGUUGGAGGCAGCUAUACGGCUGAAGGUGGAAUGAUGUUGUACACAUCGGGAACCACCGCGAGGCCCAAAGGUGUGCUCCUCCACCACAUGGUUCUGAUUGCGCAAGCGAGAAGCCUUCUGCAGGCUUGGGACUACUCGAAGAACGACCGACUGUUGCACGUUUUACCACUUCACCACAUCCACGGGACUGUCAACGCGCUACUUGCACCUUUACUAGCAGGCAGCACGAUCGAGAUGAUGUUCCCUUUUACUACCGAUAAUGUCUGGUCACGCUUCGCGGAGCCUUUCCUACCUAAUGGUGGAACGAAGCCUCCAGUCACGUUCUUCACUGUCGUUCCAACGAUAUGGGCUCGGCUACAGCAGUCUUUUCCAGCACUGUCUCCAGAAAUGCAGACAGCUGCGAAGGAAGCUAUACAGCGAAAACACCUACGUCUCAAUAUCUCAGGCUCGGCGGCCCUUCCCACACCCACCAAGAAAGCCUGGACAGACCUCUCGAACGGCAACGUUCUGCUGGAACGCUUCGGGAUGACCGAAGUUGGCAUGGCCCUCUCUUGCGGUCUACACGACUCUGACCGCAUCGACGGCGCAGUGGGCUGGCCUCUCCCUUCCGUCGAAGCCCGUCUCGUCGACUCCGACACCGACGAAGUCAUCCCACCCUCCGCCGCUCUCGAAAUCGACGCCGCAGCCAACGGCAAGCCCGAACGAUCAGGCGAGAUCCAACUCCGUGGCCCCACAAUCUUCAAAGGCUACUGGCGCAACGCCGAGGCGACCGCCAAAGAGUUCACAUCCGAUAACUGGUUCAAGACAGGCGACAUCGCCGUCCGCCGACACGUCCCUGGAGCCGGUCAAGGCGCUUCCGGCGACUGGGCACAAGGACCCGCCUUCUUCAUCCUCGGCCGCAAAUCAGCAGACAUAAUUAAAACCGGCGGCGAGAAAGUCUCCGCCCUCGAAAUCGAGCGCGAACUCCUCUCCCUGCCCGAGAUCGCUGAAUGCGCCGUCGUCGGCCUCUCCUCAGAAACGUGGGGUCAGAAAGUCGCUGCGGUCGUCAUGCUUACCGCCGAGGGCAAGAAGGCGGGUAAAGGUGGCAAAGGCUGGGGCGCAAUGGAUAUGCGACGUGCGUUGAAGGGGAAGUUGGUGGCGUACAAGAUCCCGCAGGAUCUGGUGGUGGUGGAGGAGAUUCCGAGGAAUGCGAUGGGGAAGGUUAAUAAGAAGGAUUUGGUGGGCAGGGUUUUUGGGGAUGGGGAGAGGAUUAGACGGAGGAGUGUUUUGGUGAGUGAGGAGAGGAGGAGGGAGAAGGGGGAGGUAGAGAAAAAGCAGGUCAAUGGGGUGGACGGGAAUGGACAUGCGAAAAAACGCGUCUCUGAACUGUCGAGCAAGCACGGGUACCCUGGCCUGAGAUCUCCUGGUAGCACCGCUACGGCUACGGCUUCUCCACCUGCCUUCAACCCCAACAGCAGCGUAGAACCACAGAAACCGGAAGCAGGAACAAUGUUACUCCAAUUCCCCGCCUCCACCACUACCACCACUACUACGACAGCUUCAGCUCGAUCCUCCGACCCGGAACCGGAAGUGGAAGUCAGACCGUUGGCGCCGGAUCUGGGGGAUUGUAGCCAAGGGUCUUGCCAGUGUGCGUUUUUUGUCGAGCCGCUGCUGGAAGGGGAGGCGUGUGGGGUUUGUGGGCGGGGGAGGAAGAGGACGAGGCCGCUGGUGGCGGGGGCGUGGGGAGUACCUGGUGGGGAGGGUCCGGGUCGUGGUGGAUCGUCGACUCGGAAUGGGAAUGAGGGUAGUCCAGGAAACAGCCAUGUUGCGGUCCCGGACUACCAGACGCAGCUGAUGCAGGCCAAUGAUCCACAGAACCAGCUCGUGCCUGAGUUGGGGAACGGCGCCGUUUUUCGCUCUGAAGCGGCAUCUGGCGAUUUGGCCAGCCGCGAGGAGCGCUUUCGGAAGGACUAUGAGAUGCAGCUGAUGUUACUUGAGCAGCAGAACAAGAAACAACUGCUCAAGCAGAGAGCGCAGGCAGAGAAGAAUGAGAUCGCCGCCGGUUCGCCCGAAAGCGGUAGCUCUACGGCGCGCAGCGAUGGCGCAAGUCAGGCGUUGAAGGAGUGUAACGAGCGGUGCAGGCAGCUUGAGGAGGCGAACAAGAAGAAGAUGAAGGACAGAUUGUCGAAUCCUGCCACACACUCCGCAGGCGCUGCUGCUCCUUCUCCGAACGGCCACAACAGCGUUCAUGCACAUGGGACCAGUCAAAACAAGCAACCCACGACCCAGGAGCAGUUCCAACGGCAAAAGAUGCUCGAGUGGCAUGAAAAGCAGCGGUCGCUCAUUGCGAGGCAGGGACGAGACGGGGAGACGAGCGUCCCUCAGCCGCCGAAGCCUACUCUGGCUCAGGGCGGCAACCACGCGCUGCAGGACUUCCAGAUGCAGCUUAUGCUACUCGAGCAGCAGAACAAUAAACGCUUGGCUAUGGCGAGGGCUGAGGAAGAGAAGAAGAAGGGGGCUACUGACGCUCAUUCCAACGAUGCAGCUUUUGCUCCUAAGGCUCCUGACGGCGAGCCUGGUGUCCUGGAUAACUUCGACUUCGACUCGUUCCUCAACGGCCCUGAUGAACAACCGCCGCAGACCGAUCAGACGCAGCGGAUCAUGCGUGAGGAGCAAAGUGAGGGGCGAUUGGAGUCGGCGGGACAGGAGGGAGACAAGGAAGAGGUUACCAUCACUGACUAUAACGAUGCAUUCGGUCCUUGGACUGAUGAUGGCACUUCGGGUGUCCCGCAUAACCUCGACUUCGAGGCGUUCCUCCACACUCCGCAGGCGCCGUUCGACUAUCCGACACGGCUCAGGUUGCUUGAGCAGUACAGCCAGAAGCGGCUGGAGAUGAUGGGAGAGAAUUGGGACAAGAAGGACUCUGCUACCGCCGAGUCCCACGAUGCUCGUGAACCUCGAAAGACUCCUGAGGCCGACCAGGAUCCCCUGGACAAAUCAGACUUUCAAUCGUUUCUCAAUCAACUCGGGAAUUCAAAGCAAGACUAUCAGCUGCAGUUGCGGUUGCUUGAACAGCAGAACAAGAAGCGAUUGGCGAUGGCGAGACAGAAGUGGGACAAGAAAGAAAGCACUGUCACUCCUUCCCACGGUACACCGGACGCUUCUCAAGCGAGAUUAGAGGAACAGGAAAAGGAAGACACUACUGUCAUUCCUUCCCACGACGUACCUCUGGCUUCCUGGGCCGGCGAACCGGGCCUUUUGGAUAACUUCGACUUCGAUUCAUUCCUCAACAGCCCCAACGAUGUGCUACCAGCGCCUCAAGACUACCAGAUACAGCUGAUGUUACUUGAGCAGCAGAACAAGAAGCGGCUGGAAAAGGCGAGACAGGAGCAGGAGCAUGCAGUCACCGCCACCCAUACCGAAAUGGCCGGGGCUGAGCAGCCCGUCAGCGAGAAGUCGACCGCUCCCUACAACUCGAGCCACCCAGUCCAGGACCACGCUUUACAACCCAUGUUGCUCGAGCAGCAGAACCAGAGACGGCUCAGCAUGGCCAGACAGCAGCAAGCGCUACCAGGUGCCAACUCUGGUGGCGUCGCACCUCAGCAACCCUCCGAUGUGACAUGUUGUGGCUAUCAUCCGGGCGCGCCUCAUCAUUGCCACGGCAUUCGCACCUCUGCGCGGCAGGACUAUGAGGUGCAGCUGAUGUUGCUCGAGCAGCAGAACAAGGCACGGCUUCUUAAGGCAAGACAGGUACAAGAUGAAAUGUGCAAGUCGCCUGCAGCAACUCACUCCGAAGGUGUCGGAUCUCAGCAGCCUCCAUUUGGAAACCCAGGUCCCUUGGACUCCUUCGACUUCGAUACGUCCAACGGCAAGCCGAAGGGCACGACGCAAUACCAGCUUCCGAAUGAUGUAGGUGGAACGGCCGCGAGUCAGAGCGACAGCAAUGGCAACACUGCCCUGCAGGACUACCAAAUGGGGAUGCAUCUGCUUGAGCAGCAAGAUAAAAAGCGGCUACUUCUCGCAGAACAAGAGCAAGACCAAAUGGCCAAAGUGGCUGCAGCCACCCAUGCCUGUGGCAUUGAUGCUGCUGAGGAGGCCCACAACGACCCCUUCAUGCAGCAGCUAAACGACGUAGCUCGCCGCACGAAGGCUAUGGAGCAGUGGAUCAACCACCAACGCGAGUCGGUCCGUCAACGCUACUAUUCCAGUGAUCCACUGGCGGAAGGCAACUGGGGACCUAAAGGCUCUUCGCCACCAGAGGCAGAAAUGAGUGCCCGCAUGGAUGAUCUUGAGGCGUGUUUGGACGAUAUCAACGAUCGCGUGGCCGGCAUCGAGGAGGAAGGGCGUGAGGUACUGGAUAGGCUUGAGGCACUGGAGGAACGAGCGAACGACCAUCAAUGCGCCUCGGUUGAGCCCGCGGACUACCAAGUGAUGAGUGACCUUGGUGAUAGGGUCGAGAAGCUACAGCACAGGAUGGAUCAUAUCCACACCAUCACCAAGAUGGUCGAGAAGCCCAUUCCGAAGCUUGAGCAGCUGAGCGAGACUAAGCUCCGGGCUGAUGUGGAUCAGAAGGUUGUAGGGUUGGAGGGGAGACUACUGGAGAAGAUCGACGAGCUGGAGGAUAGGCUGGAAAAGUUGGACCCCGAUCGAUUCACGCCUGCCUCGAGCGCUGCCGGCACUGAAAGCGACAAUGUGGGCACGCACGAGCAGCGUGGCCGUCCGAGCACAGCACCAACGUCGCAGGCUGCGGAGCCCGUCCUUGAGCUCCACUCUGAGGGCAAGCAAGUCCAGCCGCAGGUCCCUAUUCCCGUCCCGUCCCAGCCUUGGCCGUUGACAUACCCAUAUGGCGCUGUGUCCUACACUCCCUACUGGAACACUGCCGAGGUGGAGAUGCGCUCCAGCAUCGAGCGCCUUCACCAGCAAAACUGCUUUGUGUCUGAGCGCAACGACAGGCUCGACAGGGAGAACGACAGAUUGUUCCGCUUGCUCAGCGAUCUGUCGCGCUCCGUCCAGCCGCCGCAAGUACAGCUUCAGCAACUCAGCGACGCUGAUUCUGCAAAACCGCGCUUGCCCACUGCGCAAGGUCACUACAUCAGCCCGGGCGGCGUGGAUUUCCGCGACCGCGAGAUCGCGCGUCAAGAUGAGCAGCUGAAGAUUGCGCACGAAAGCCUCAAGGCUAGCGAAGAGGCCGCAGCGCAGACAGACGCAGAGCUCGCCAAACUACAAGAAACCGCCAGGUCUUUGAGACAAGGCAUGAUGUACCGCGUUGAAACCGGCGUCGAGCUCCGCGAGCAGCUUGCCAAAGCCAACAAAUGCAUCGAACUCUACGGCCAGCAGGCAAGCGAACAGCAUGUCGAGAUUGGCCAUCUCGAGAAAUCGCUCAGGCGCCUGGAGAAAGAGUAUCAUGCAAAAGAGCGAGACUUGGAGUACUGGUACUACGUUGCAGAGAACCGUGCUGAUCGUGACGCGGAGCGUGAGGCUGAACUGACGAAGGUGAAGGAGUUUUGCGAGCAGAAGGAUGUGGUGAUCCAGAAGCAGCAGCAGAACAUUGAGUGGGCGGGGCAGCUUUUGGUUCAGAGGGAUCGGGAGUUGGAGGGUCUGCAUUUGAGGGUGAAGAGGGCGGAGGAGGAUGCUGCGGAGGCGAGGAAGGGGAUGAGGAAGAAGAGCGCUUUGUUGCGGGAGAGCGAGAAUGAGGUUGCGAGGUUGGGGUUUAGGGGUGAGGGGAUGGGGAGGGCUCAGCAGCGCUAUGAGGAAAUGCAACCCUCCAUUGGCGGGUCAGACAUGUGGUUGGGUCGUGGGUCUGAUCGACACGUCCGCAUGGACGACAUCGUCGAGGUGACUGAGCAGACGCCUCCGCCGCCGCCUCGACCGCGACCAUCUCUUCCUCGACGCACGUCUGAGGCAGAUGAUGAGGCUCGGGAAGAUAGACGUCGCAGUCCGGUGUGGGGUGAAGAGGGCGAUUACUCGCAACAGAGGUCCAACCCCUCCAUCUCUGCCCAAGCCAGCGAUGCACCCAAUCCCACUGAGAAGAAACGACGCAGCAAGACCGGUGGACGGCACAGACGCUCAUCGCACCGUCAAUACCCCGAACUGGAUAAGCGAUCCACGAGCCCAUACUCGACAGCCACCACGCGAGGCUGGGACUCUGAACAUCGGGGAGACAGACAGUCAUACUACACCACACCACCCAUGCAUGCGGUGCAAGACCUCGAUGACAUGUCCACCUGUCCACCACUCCCAGCGCCAGUCACGGCACGCCGCAUGGCUUCGGAGGCGGACCUGCGCCCGCGCCAUGGCAGUCGUGGAACACAGAAACGUAACGCUCUCUCCAAGCACAGCUCGAUGAUGGAGCUGCCGCCGCCGCAGCAGCAGCAUUCACUGCAGGCAUAUGUAGAGACGGAGGCUGAAAGCGGAGGGGAGGAGUUCGGGGGCGUCUAG